CCAGGUUCAGUAAAGAACCCGACAAUUCGAUCCCAUUGAUGUGUUUCAAGAAGCAGCGGUACUGUAACUCAAGACAAAUACCAUGUCAGAGUUUGUGAACUAUUCUAAGCAUCAGUUGCUGACACCGAGGCUGGGGGGCUGGGAGGUGGCACACCAAGCGGCUUAACAAAGCCCACCCACAGGAACUGCCACCCUCUUUGUGGACCGUUGACUCCCUCUGCUUCACCGUUGUGAAAUUUCUGGCUGUUUUUAGACUUGUUCACAUGAUGUCCAAACCUCUGUAGCUCGGGACUGAAUACUUCCUAAAGUUUGGUGCUUGAGCCUCUUGACGGUGUGUGGAUGUAGAGGUGAACAGCACUGCUCAUGGUUUGAAGAUCGACGGAUAACCGUCUUUUAUGACCUUGGAUCUUUUCAGAGGCUGAAGCUGGAUUCCAGCAGAGACACGUGGUCCAGAGUGACAAGGCCAUCUGCUGUAGCGCCAGCACUGCAGUGAGAGGGAGGCAGGGGAAAGAUGAAGGGCUGUUUUGGGGUGGGGGGUGAGUGUACAGAGAAUUCCUCCCCCUUGGGUGCAGAGGGAGUAGAUAUUCUGGGAGAUCAUUGCCAGCACCUUGGAUUGAGACUUAUUUCUUUAGUGUCUCUUUUUAUUUUUUACUUCAGCCUUCUUUCUAGGCUUUCUGGAGCGACUGAGGUUGGGUCUUUAAUAUCAAGAGAUAAUGGUUUUGUGAUUCUUAUGUUUUCAAAGUGAUGAGCAAUGGAAAUCUGGACUCUGAAGACGUUGAAAGCAGUGGAUCCAGUUUCUUUAACAUUUCUUUGCCCUCUAAGCUGAGAGUUGUGGAUCUUGACGGAAGUGGGUGGAUUUUUGCUAACACGUCUUUUGUUUUGGUGAGUUGACGGUGAAAGACAAAAAACGGUACGCUUGUGCUUCCCCAGAGGGCCGAAGAGCCAAGCAGAUGGUUAUUUUUAUGAGGGAUUUUGUAGCAGAAAUGGGUCAGGACCAAACCAAACAGCAGAUUGAGAAGGGACUGAAGCUUUAUCAGGCAAAUGACACAGAAAAGGCUUUAUAUGUCUGGAUGAAAGUUUUAAGGAAGACAACUGAUCCUGGGGGGAAAUUUCGAGUUUUAGGUUGUCUGAUCACAGCACAUUCGGAAAUGGGAAAAUACAAGGAGAUGCUACAGUACUCCCUAGCUCAGAUAAACACAGCCAGAGAGAUGGAGGACCCGGACUACCUGACGGAGGGCUACUUGAAUCUGGCGCGCAGCAAUGAGAAGCUUUGUGAAUUCCAGAAGACGGUCUCAUAUUGUGAGACCUGCUUAAACAUGCAGGGCACCACUGUUAGCCUACAGCUCAACGGGCAAGUGUGUUUGAGCAUGGGCAAUGCCUACCUGGGCCUGAGCGUUUUCCAAAAGGCUUUAGUGAGCUAUGAGAAGGCCCUGCGAUAUGCUCACAACAACGAUGACAAGAUGCUGGAGUGCCGGGUCUGCUGUAGUUUGGGCAACUUCUACAUCCAGCUUAAGGAUUAUGAGAAAGCUCUCUUCUUUCCUUGCAAAGCAGCUGAACUGGUGAACGACUAUGGUAAGGGAUGGAGUCUCAAGUACCGUGCCAUGAGCCAGUAUCAUAUGUCAGUGGCCUACAGGAAGCUGAUGCGCUUAGCAGAUGCAAUGGAAUGCUGUGAGGAAUCAAUGAAGAUUGCAUUGCAGCAUGGAGAUCGGCCCCUUCAGGCAUUGUGUCUGCUUAACUUUGCUGAUAUUCAUCGCUGUCAGAAAGAUGUUGAUAAAGCAUUCCCUCGCUAUGAGUCCUCCAUGUGCAUAAUGUCAGAGACUUGCAACCGCCUUGGACAAGCAUCCAUCUACGUUGGUGUGGGGAAGUGCUGGAUUCUGCAGAAGGAAAAUGAUAAGGCUUUGGACUCAUUGCAAAGAGCACAUGAUCUGGCCGAGGCGAUUGGAAACAAGCUGUGUAUCCUGAAGGUGCACAGUCUGUGUGAAGGCAUCUACCGCUGUAAGGAGCAGCAGGAGGAGUUGAGAGAGCAGGUGGUGAAGUUCCUGCAGUGCGUGGAAGAGCUAGAGCUCUACUGUGGCAUGUGUGGGGAGUCUAUUGGAGAGAAGAACCAGCAGCUGCAGGCAUUGCCCUGCUCUCACAUUUUCCACCUCAAGUGUCUGCAGACGAACGGCACAAAGGGCUGUCCAAAAUGUCAUCGUUCCUCAGUUAAGCUGGGUUUUGUAUGAGAUUACACUCCUGCCUUGGAGAAAACGGCAGAAUCCCAUCGCAGUGACCCAUCUGGAAGCAAAUGUUCAAGGGCCUUCUUUCAGGAAGCUUUCUAACUGGACAAACUGAGAGUUUCCGUUAUUUCCCUCCUGUCUUUAUGGUAACAGGGAAUAAUGUGGAAAUGAAAGGAUAUGGGAACAGUUCUACACAGAGACGUCAUGAAAGACUACAGAUAUUUCUCUGAACUGAUCUUAUAAUCCUGCAUUGGUGUAAGACAGAAACAUUAAAAACAGCAUUUUGGACCAUGCAGCAUUGCUGUCCUGUCAGUGAGGACAUUCAUCAGAGAGGUGAGAGCUUUACAUAUCACAUGUUUUCCUAAUGGACAUUAUUACUCUAUUAUCACAGCUGAACAAAACAAAAUGUAUAUUUGUAACAAUAACUUUCUAAGUUAUUUUCAUGCAAGUUUCAAGCUCCAGUCAUUUUCUACUAGAUUGUGUAAAUAAUUACUAAAUGCUACCAUCAAUGUCAUUUUAAAAGGUAAAGGUGUUCUCUGUCAGCGCUGUAAGUUAUGCUGAGAGAUGCUGUUCUGUUUGAGUUUGUUUGAGGUUUGUUUUGAGAUUGUAGUAAACUCAAAUGUCUCUAACGGCCUCCUGUUGGUGAAUUGUAAUAUUCUGAAGUAACAGGGGCAUGUGUUCAACUUAUUAACUUGACCAAUUAUGAAUUUUGUUAAUUAUUUAUAACAGUUAUUUAUGAAUUUUAAUAAGGAUCUUAUACAGUACACACAGCAUUGAUAUGUUUCUGAUAACAGCUGAAUUAAUUUAUUUUACCUUAAAUCAACAAAAUGUGAAAAGCUUUAUUCAAUACAUUUAUAGUAUGUGCAGGUAGAAGUUUGCUGAAAUCAGCUUUAAAACCUUAUAAAUAAUCUCCUUUAUUACAAAAGUGCAUAUGCAAUGAACUGUUUAUACAUUUUUCCCAACCUGUAUAGCACUAAACUAUGUGAAUAUGUUUAAUCAGAAUGGCCCAAAGUUGGUUUUGAUCUUUAUUUCUUUGUGGGCACUUUCAUUUAAUUUUUCAAUCCGAAAUAAAUGUAGGCAAUUUGCCAUAUGUAUGAUUAAUUUUAACAUAUCACCAACAUAUAUGAUGAUAGAUUCUUUGAUCAUCUGAUAAAUACUCAUAUUAUUUUGUUAAUGGCUAUAGCUAACAAUUCUCUAACCUUUCAUAAAGGCUACAUUGAUUUCUCACUAUUUUACUUUGUAAGGACUUCAGAUAGAAUCUAAGGUCUUGUGCAUGUUUCUUCUGACUCCUACUUUUAGAAGUGGCCCUUCUUUUUUGCCACUUUAAUUAUUUCAUAUCUAAAUAAUAAAAGAAAAAUAAAACACAUCCAAAGACAUUUUGCUAUAACUCUCGCCCCAAGCAUAGGCAUUUGCAACAGAAACAUUCACAAUGUUUAAUGUUGGAUGUGAUCAGGCAUAUUCUAUGAAAUAAAUAAUAAAAAAACAUGAUGGAGAUUUCUUGUUGAAUUUAUUAAUAUAUGGGAGCAAUAUGCAAAAAUGCUGCUUAUUUAUUUCUCUUUUACCAUACUUUUAUUUUUUAUAGUACCCUAUUGUAGCUAAUCUCCUUGUUUACUAACUGCAUGCUGUGUAAAGCGGUUUCACAUCCUGGUUGUCAACACUUCAUAACUACCUCUCCACAUUUGUCACUCACAAUACUUGCAUGUUUACGCCGUGGAAUCUUCUGAAAAUGAGACUGAACACAUUGUUGAAUUGA